AUGCUUCCUUAGUCUAUUCUAGAUCAUAUCAUUAACAAUACUAAUAUAUCUAAAGUUAGAGCUAUCAGCAACUCCUUUCAAAAGUUAAAUAGUAAAUCCUAAUGUAGCUAAUCAUUUAAUAAAGAAGAUAACUGUGAUGUCCCAAACAAUAAAGAGUCUUAAAUAGAUGAUCAAAACCCAGAAAUAUUAUUUAAGGAAAACGUGUCUUUGUAAAACUAAGAAGAUGCAUUAAUGGUUGUAUCAAUACUGAGAAAGCAAAUAAAAAAUAAAUUGGAAAUAACCUUUGUAAAAAAAGCUCUAGAAAACUUGGAUAUAUGGAAAAAUUAAGUUAAUUUAUUUAAUCAAGGUAGCAGCUUUAAUAAUUCUAUAUUCUCUCAUAUGAAAGUUUAAUAUUGCUAAAAGGGAGAAGUUAUCUUCAAUUAUGGUGACUAAGGAUCAAUAUAUUAUAUAGUUGCCUAAGGCUCCUUCAGUUGUCUAAUACCUAAAUCUAUGAAAUAACAAAAGCAAACAGAUGAUUAGCUGAAUUAAGAAUAAAGAUAGAAUAUGUUAAAGAAUAUGUCUGUUGUUUAAGAGAAGUCUAAAGAAAUUGUGGUUAAUCCAUUAGAAGAACUUAUACCAAUUAGCCAAUAUGUAAAACCUUCCGAAAAAUAAAAAGUUAUUUAGGAAGAAACUAUCAGUGAAUUCCACAGCCUUUCAAAAAAAAAAAUUAUUUAGGAUUUUAAAUAAGAAAAUAUUGAUGAAGAUAAAAUUUAUAAACAAAAUUUUCCAAGUUUCACAAAAAUUAAAGUUUACACUCCAGGAGAGUCUUUUGGAGAAAUAGCUUUACUCACUAUGCAAAAAGAAAGAAAAGCAACUAUAAUUUCUAGAGAAGAUGGUAUCCUAAUUACAUUGGAUAAAUCUAAGUUUGAUAAAAUAUUAAACAUUUUUAAAGAGCUUAAAAUAAGAAAUAGUCUCGAUUUUUUGCAUAGAUUUUCAUUUUUAAAUGAGCUAGGCCCAACUAAGCUUUUAAGUUUACUUCAUUGUACAGAAAUAAUUAAAUUUUAAAAAUCUAACAUAAUAUACAAAGAAGGUGAUAAAGCAGAGAAUAUCUUUUUUAUUAGAUAAGGAGUUAUAAUGCUAACAAAAUUAGGUGAAAUCAUUGAUGACAAAUUGGUAGAACAAAGGCAGCAAGAAAUAGAUGAAAACUAAUCUUUAGAUUUAAAUAAGGUAAAAAAAAAUCAAGCAAUUUCUUAAUCUUAAAUCAGAGUACAGUUAGUAGUUUAUAAGGAAAACAGUUUUUUUGGUGAAGAUGAAAUAAUGUAAGAUUUAGCUAUGAGAAAUACAAAAGCUGAAGUAAGUUCGUUUGAAGCCGAAAUUUAUAUAAUUUCUAAAUAAAGAUUAUUUGACUAUCUUAAGGGCUCGAAUGUAUAUAAUAUCUUAGUAUAGGAAUACGAAGUAAAACAAAAAUGGAGAAUAUAGCAGUAUAAAAAUAUAAUAAAUAUGAAAUAAAAUACAAUAAAUUAGUAUAAUAUUAAGAUGAAAUAAAUACUUGGUGAGGAAUACAGAUAAGCUUACAUUAAUAGGAUAAACUCUUAAUUGUUAUAAACUGAGCUUAAUAAAAGUAAAGCUCCUACUUCUUCACAAAAAUUCUAAAAGCCACUUGUAAAUAACUUCAUUAAAGAAAUAAAUUUACAAAAAAAGCAAUCUUCAGUCUUAAAUAAAAGCUAAAGUUCCUCAUAAGAAGAAAAUUAAGUAGAAGAGAUUUUGAAUUAGAAAGCGGAAUAAUUGGAAACACCCAAUUCAUCUAUUAUUGCUAAGCAAAAUAAAUAAGAAUAAUAAAAUGAAAAUAAAAAAGAUUUUAUACAAAUAGACGAAUAUUUUCAAAGUUAAGAUACAGAAAAUAUUUCUUCUCCCCUUCACUAAACAUUUCGUAUUCCUCCUGAACUUUCUGAAUAUUCAUUAAACUAAAUAUUAGAGGAAAGGUUUUAACAUAAAUAAAUGGUAUUAAAUUAAUCAGAAAAGAAGGGAAAGCCAUCUAACUUCUUUAUUAUUAUUGAUCCUCACUAAAGGAAAUAGCAAGAUUUAGAUAUAUUUAAACUAAAAAAAGAAAAGACAAAACCUUUUUUUUAAAAAUAAUUUUAAAAAAAGAGGUUAUAAAAUUUAGAAUAAAAUAAUAAGUCUCACUAAUCAGACAAAAAGCUUUUUGCAGAGUAAAUAGAAGAUUUUUCACAGAUUUUUAAUAUGUCAAGGUAAGAGAGCCAAAAUGCUUAAUAAAAUAUUGACUAAGCUAAAAAUAACUUUUUUGAAAUUAGCAAUGACGAAAAAUAAAAUUUUACAUCAAUGUCGCUUGAUUGUAAAUAAUCAUCAAAUAAACAGAAAAGUAAUACUUCUUCUAAUGAUGAAAUCAAAUUGCAUAGAUAAUGUUAGGGCUAGAGCAGCUAUUCGGUAAGGUCUAAUAAAAUAUGA